UUUAUUUUAGUAGGAUAUAAAAUGGGUAUAAGUAGCUAUGUUGAGCAAGGUGAUAAAAGCAAGCUUAAUGGAAAUGGAGUUGUCGCUAUUGAUAACAGUAUUAAUUCACUGGUCAAUUUUCUAGAUAAACUAUUAAAAUGUAUUCAUGAUACUCUGGAUCAACUAGAAAACUACUAUCAAACAUACAUGUCAGCAGUACAAACGACAACAGAGUGGAAUAUUAGUGGAAAAACAUCCAAGGAACAAAAGAGAAUUGAUUCCAAGUAUAAUUAUAUAAAAAAUCAAUUGGAGGAAUUUUUGAUUUGCAUUGUUAAAGAUUAUGCAGAAUUUAUACAAGAUGCUUAUGAAAUUAGAACAUUGCAUGAACAAUAUAACUUUCAUAUUAAUUAUUUACAAAAAUUAUCACUCGAAAAUAAGAAAAUGGAUGAAUUAGAUUCUCUAAUACCUAAAGUGGAAAAAAUGAAAAAGCAAAUAGAUAAAGUAGUUUUGCAAUACAAUGGAGAAGUUACAAAACUUAGUUAUCUGAAAUUGAAUUUACGAUAUCGAGUCAUAGUUUAUCGAUCAUCUUUCACUGGACAAUCAUUUUCAAUUCCGAUUAAUGUACUUAUACGAAACUUCAAAAAUCUUAUUCAAUCCAACAAGUUGGUAGUUAUAGCUGAGCAAAUACAUGCUUCACUUCUAGAGCAACCUCUUUCUAAUAUACAAAUUUUGUCUGAUGAACCUGAAUUAAUUUAUGCACGAACAGUCAAUGUGGAUCCAUUGUUGGUUGAUAUAACUGAAAGAGAAAGCAAACGAUCUUCCAGUACUAAGCCUCCAGAACCAGAAUCUCCACAUCCAAACCUCUAUAGAGAAAAAUAUGUCAAAAUUGGUCAACCAAGUAAGGUAAGCACCAUUUUGACACAAUUGAAAAAACGAAAACAAGAUUCAUCUUUAAAAGAUGUAGAACUUGCAAAGCAAGAGCAGCCACCAGUAAAAGUAAAUAUAAAAUCAGUUGCUGAACCUUUAUCUGUUCAAAUUGCUAAACCAGAAUCUUCAAAAAUCAGUGGACCAAAUGAUAAAGAAUCAAUGUCUAUAGAUUUACCUUUAACAGCAGUUAGGAAACGACAAAGAGAUCUAAGUACACCAGAAGGUGCAGAACCUCAAAGUUUAGGAGUAGAAAAAUCAGAUGAAAGUGAAAUAAAACAAAAACGCAGAGGUUUAAAUGAUGAAACUAAAUCUACUGUAGAAAGUGAGAUAGAUGUAACCAACACUGAAGAUAUACCAGAAGACACCUCAUCAAUGCCAAGUUUAAGGGAUGAACUGCUAGAAGCUAAAAAACCAAGCACAUCUAGUACCUCUGGUAGUCCAAUUCAACCUCAGUCAAGGAAAAGUAUACUGAAGCAGAAAUUCAAACAAAGACUUGAACAGAAACGGAAACAAUCUCGAAAAAUUCGAAUGAAAGUCAAAAAAUCUAAACCAAAAAAGUAUGUCGCUACAAAAUCUGUACCAGAAUUGAGUGCGAUUAGAGAACAAAAAAGCAUUACUAAAGAAUUUUAUGAAAAAACAUACAAACAAUUGGAAAGCAAGAUUAGUAAUAUUGAGAUGUAUGAAAACGAAGCAAUUGUCGAUAAAAAUAAUGAAUUAUGCAAAAAAUAUCAUGAAAUGCAAAGAGUACUUAAUAAUCGUCAGAAAGACUUGGACGAAACUAAACGUGAAAUAGAGGAAAUUCUUCAAUCUGAAAUUAAGACAGCGGAAGAACAAAGAAAUUUAAAAGAGAAAGAAAAAAUGAUCGAAAAAUUCACAACAAUAAUAGUUAAUACUGAAUUAGAAAUUCGAAGAAUACAAUAUCAAGUACGAAAACUAGAUAAGCAAGAUUAUGAUGUACAAAUCUAUAAAAAUAUCUUAUACGAUGCACAAAAACAUUUAUGUCAACGAUUGUUGGGGCAACUGAACAAAAAGUUAGCACUGGAGACUGAUGAUGAAGAAAAGCAAAAACUUCGAGUAGAGAUACAAAGAUUGAAAAAAAGAAUAGAAAAGAUCUCUUUUGAAAUAGAAGAUCUGCAUUCAAGCUACAUGCUAAGGAAACAAAGGAGAAUGAUAUCAGGUCCUUACAAGACUAAUUUCUGUAUCAAAAAUACUCUAGAUGCAGAAAUAUGGGGAAGGAAAUAUGGUGGAGCAGAGUACCAACCAGGUUUAGUGAAUGAUCCUCUUGCAGUGCGAGAAAAGGAACUGGUGCAAAAAACUAUUCCUUCUUCUGCUCCUAUAAAUAUAUUAAUUCCUAAAAGGAAACCUUAAUAAAUAAAAAUUGAAAAAUUGAGCAAAUAUUU